AUGUGUUCAUGGAUAAUAACUAUUGUUGGCCUUCUGUUGAUCCGACAACUGCCAACCUCCAACAAGUACGGUCGUCUCGUCGGUGCAUGGCUUAUGAACGCUUUCGCUGCAUCCUUCCCGCUCUUUCUCAGCUUACUAGCCAGUAAUGUCGACGGCUUCACCAAAAAAGCAACUGAUCAGGCUCAUUUCUUCAUAUUUUACUGUGCUGGCAACAUUGCCGGACCACAGCUCUUCAUUGAAAAGGAAGCACCACACUACCUUACUGCUUACAAUGGCUCUAUCGGCUUACUUGCCGUGGUAAUUGGUCUCGCAAUCGUCUUGAGAUUUUACUUGGACUGGGAGAACAAGCGCCAUGACAAGGAGCAGGGUGUGUACAUUAACCCCGAGGCCACUGAUAUUUUCGAGCACGAUUUGGAUGAAACGAUGCAAGCAAGAGUGAUCUUUAUCUCUGUAGUGUAUAGGAACAACAAUAUAGAGCGAGGAAGCACUCGAUUACUCUUUUUCCGUGUUAUCGAGCACUUGAUUUUUGGGUUCUUUGUCCCAUAG